AUGGCACGCCUACGCGAGCGAGUCGAGCAAGGCGCGGCGGAAUUGGGUGCCCGGGUAGCGUGGGCUCCAACAGGGCUCGGAGCGCUUGCGCUAGCGCGUUGCGAAGUUUCUGACGGUUUCCAGCGCCUGUGGCAAAAGGUCCUCGACAAGCUUCCCCUGACUGCAUUGACUGCCGUGGCGGAGCACCAAGCGACGCUCGCACGUGUUGGCUGCCGCACCCUUGGAGACGUACGCAGAUUGCCCCGGGGCGGCAUCAGUCGGCGGUUCAGCAAGGACCUGCUCCGCGCCCUAGACUUAGCCUAUGGGCUGCGGCCCGAGACUUACGCGUGGCUCACCGUCCCCGAGAGUUUUCACGCGCGGCUUGAACUGAUGUCGCGCGUCGAGAGUGCCCCCGCGCUGUUGUUUGGCGCCAGGAGGCUCCUGCUGCAGAUGUCCGGUUGGUUGCAAGCAAGACGGCUCGGUGCGACCGCAUAUACGUUCCGCUGGUGUCACGACGUCAUGCGAGCGAAAGAUGCAGGAACUGGCGGCGAGCUGGUCAUCAGGACAGCCAUCCCCACGCAGAAUGUCGAGCAUUUAGGUAAAUUGCUUGCAGAGCAUAUGGCAAGAGUCACGCUGCUAGCGCCUGCGGGUGACAUCGAGCUUUUGGCGACAGAGGUGUUUCCCAUCGUCGAGGAGAGCCGUUCCCUCCUACCGGAGGUACAUCGUCGGGGAGCAUCCACCGCACUGGCACUGGAGCGCAUGCAGGCCCGAUUUGGAAACGAGUGCAUCCGCCGACCGCAAACUUGCUCUGACCACCGCCUUGAGCACUGCCAGUCGUGGUCGCACAGCAAUGUCGAUAAGCCGACGAAGGCCCCUUCGUACACAGAGUACGACCUUCCACAGCCCACUUGGCUUUUGGCUGAGCCCCUUCGCCUAAUUGAGCGGGAUAACCGGCCACACUACCAAGGUCCACUACAGUUGCUUCUAGGCCCAGACCGAAUUGAGGGAGGUUGGUGGCACCGAGUGAAAGAGAGCGAUGAGGAAGUCACUCUUAACGUACAACGCGACUACUACCUUGCCCUCAGUCCGCAUGCCGGCCUGCUAUGGGUGUUUCAGGCACGUUUAGCCGCUGACAAGACAGCAUGGUUUCUUCACGGGCACUUUGGCUAA